UAUAAACUAAAUAACUUUGAACACAUUAAUGAGACAAAGAAUCAUCCAGUCUCAACUGCCUCUAGGCUAUAGGAAACAUUUGAUGGCACGAUACUUCCUCUACACAAGACAGGAAGGCCAUUGACCGACAGGAAAAGGUGUAAGUCUUAAAAGCGCUGCACAGUGUGAAACCUGAAACACUCUCUCACCGCAGCUGCUUCAUAAUGGCCGUGUUCUUUAAUUCAAAUGAAUCUCGUGUCGCUUUUGAAGUUGGCGAGUAUCAGCAAUUCCCCAAACCUGAAUCCGAGGAUGCUGCUGCAGAGAAGACUCAAAAACCAAAGCUCAGACAUCUCAGCGUGGUUCUGCUGAGCUUUGGCCUGCUGUGUAUUCUUCAAGCGAUUCUCAACGUCACUCUGAGACUUGCUCUGACUGAACCCACUGAUGCAGGUGAAACCACAGAGGAAGAAACCUGCCCCAAGGGCUGGCUGAUGUUUGGCUCCAGUUGUUAUUUCAUCUCCUCGCAGAGAGGAAGGAGCUGGGACGACAGCCGGCAGUACUGCCUGCGGAGAGACGCUGACCUGGUCGUCAUCAACAGCAGACAGGAACAGGCGUUCCUCACUGGAUUCACUGCAGCAGCGUGGGUUGGUAUGACUGACAGAGAGAAGGAAGGAACUUGGAUCUGGGUGGAUGGAACACCAGUGAACAAAGCUGGGUUGCAGUGGGCCCUUGGGCAGCCUGAUGAUGCAUAUGGAGGAGAAGACUGUGGUGACCUUCGUACAAUGAUCGAUUUCCUUGGCUUAAACGAUUACAACUGUAGUGCCAGAAACCAGUGGAUCUGUGAGAAAAUGUUGUGGUAGCUUUAACUAUUUGGGUGUGUGUACACCUCGCCUUCGUUUGCUUUAACCAGACCAAUACGUGUAUGUGACAUAAAAAUAAAACAGAGUGUCCAGCAGGAACGCCGAGUUGAACAAUAAGGUGAUGUCAUUAACCAAGUCAUGACAUAAUGAAAGAUGAUAGUCAUACCAUAAAAGCUUUCAAAUUCACGAGUUGGGUAUUUACUAGACCUAGAACAAAACGUGAAAGAAAUUUUAAAAAACCCUUUGAGAUGAGGGAACCGUGAGUGGUAAAAAGCGAACUCAUGUUGGAUUUAUUCCUUGACCACUCUAAUGCUCAUUCCUCCUUUCAAAAGGCCGAGCACUGAUGGUAACAUCCACUGUGUGUGAGCACAGCUGCAGCUGCUCUGCCUGGCUGUGCUGCAUGAAUCUGUGGCUGUGGCGGUUAGAGCUCAGACUGCAGCUGCUUUAGUGCUUUAAUCGAAGGCUAUGGCUACAGCAGCUGUACUGCUCUUUACUGCUCCUUUUAACAUUAUCCAUGAGAGCACAGGCUAAUAUUUAAAACAUCAAGAGAGGACUUAUUUUGCCAAAAUUAAAGACAUUAACAGUAUAGUUGAUGCAGAAACGACACAACUUGGUGCAUUAAAAUUCACCAGAAUGCAGGAAAUUAU